UGGGGGUUAUGAUCUCUUAGUGACAAAUUAUUCUAAAAAUGAACUAAAGAGACUAAAGGAUGAAGCAAUACAGUCUGGUGCUAGUCAGGAUGUAGUUAUUGAUCCUCCACCUCCUCCUCCACGUCAUAAGUUAUGGGUCAUGGGUCGCACAAAAAGUUCAGGCGAAAUGAGUUCUGAGUCAGCUAACCAAAUUGCUAAAAAAAUUAAUGAUUUGGAUGAGCAAGCAUCACAGGGUUCCUUUGUUCCCGAUGGGCGUCAAGAUAUAUUGAAUACUGCCCUUGGACGACCAGAGCAUCCUGGUCGUGUUCGUGCAGCUGGUGUUGGUACUACUAUUAGUCAGUACUUUGGACGACGCCAGUCACAUGGAUUAUCCAUAGCUAAAUUAACUCCCAAGGAUUUGGAACUCCUCACACAGCAAGUUGUUGCACAACUCAAGAAAAAUGAUGUCAGUAAUACACAGACACAGGAUGUUCCUCCAGUUCAAGUAGAUAUGGUCCCUGGUAGUAGUAAAGGUAGUUGUCCAACUCCUUCAAGUGCUACUGCUGCGGCUGGUAAUGCAUUAGGGGAUAAGCCUCAUGUUGAUAUCUCUCAUCCAUGUGACUUAUGCAUUGAUGAUAUACCACCUCGUGUAGUGGCCAUUGGUAGAGUUUAUGAGGGUAGUUCAACCAUACACAAUGUACCUUUAACAGCUGAUUUGGUCAAGGUGGUUGUUGAGUUUGUUCGAGAUUUUGAUGCUCAUGUUCCUAUGCCUACUUCAGAGGUUCAACUGGUUAGACAGGCCCUACAGACUUUCAUUUCAUGGCCAAGACGUCUUGUGAGACUUAUUUCAUCAUCUAAGAAGACACAGGAUAUUCCAACAGUUCAUAGGUCCAAACCCAGUAAUGAUCCUAUAUGUGAUUUGCGUGAGGCAUCAUUGACUUUAACUUAUGGCAACCCAUUUAAGGUGACUUUGUCCGACUUAUAUAAAGACUAUUUAAUUUUUUUUGUUUUAGGUUGGUUACUUAUCCAACUUGACCAUUUCAAGUGAUAUGUCCUGCAAGUCUAUUUGGUGUUGGUGUUAAUGAUUUUGUGUUCUAUAUUACAUUUGAUGAUAUACGUGAAUUAAUAGAACGAAAAAGGCUUAACAUCUCAAUCAUACAAUUUUGGAUGUUUUAUCUAAAUCAAAAAAUUGAAGAGCACGGCUAUGAUGACUUGUAUGGAUUUUUGGAGCCCCAAUCAAUACAAAAAUCGGGGA